AUGCGUCGCCAACCGCAUACGGUGCCCAUGGCGUUGGAGCUCAUUUCCCAGCGCGAUAAAUGGUUGGACAUCACCUCGGCUGCCGACAACCUGGAUGACGAUGUUGAGGCGCAGGCCGGGGGUGGGGGCUUCGGUGUAGACUGGAGGCGCUUCCCCGGGCUCUCGCUCCGCGUGCACGACGGGAAUCAGCCGGGAGAUUGUCCGGCAGAGUCUGGAGUCCAGGUUCAACUCGACGCGGCCAUCAUGUACGCAUGA